GAGAAGACUGAAUUUGCCCCGGGAUAUCUAUGAGAUGACGUGUGUGUGUGAGGUCUGCAUUCUUGGCCCAGGCUAACCAGUUACCCAUCCCUGCUCAUUUUGACAACACCCAUCUACUUUUUUUUUUUUUUUUUUACUCCAUCUUUACAUUGGCUAAGCUUGAUCAUUAUUUGCCACGUUCAGCUCUCAGGUUUACGUGUUAAUAUUCUAUCGAGCAGACACCUUGAAUUUUUACUUUCACCUCAUCAUAUCUAAGUGAUUAAUGGGGAGCGACUGUGUCUCUUUAGUUUUGAAACCCGUUGAGGGCGAAGAGCAUUUUGGAGGGCUCUUCCCAGAGCGCAGGCGAGUGUUGCCUUAUUUGGACUAAAGACAGUUUUAGAGGUCACCACAAUGCCACCUGUUUCUGAACACAGAGAUGGUGGUGCUGCCACGAACAUUGUCCAUUCUGCUUUGGAGAACCAGCACAACUUGGAUGUAGAUAACAGUCCCCUUAUGGUGAACCCACAUUUUUUGGAGCCAGAUGAAACUGAGGCAGUGGUCAUAGGUUCCCGUGCAAAUACCAAAGGUGUGCAAGAAGAGGAUGCCUUACUGGAGAAUGGUAGCCAGAGCACAGAGAGUGAAGAUCCAAAUAUUGAGCCUUCGUGUGAGGCUGUAGUGCCACUGAAAGAAACGUCUUUUUCCAUUGGCCUUCAAGUUCUGUUUCCUUUCUUAUUGGCGGGAUUUGGGAUGGUGGCUGCAGGGAUGGUUCUCGACAUAGUGCAGCACUGGGACGUCUUUACGAAUGUUACAGAAGUGUUCAUCUUGGUGCCUGCUCUGUUAGGCCUUAAAGGGAAUCUGGAAAUGACUCUGGCGUCUCGUCUCUCAACUGCGGCCAACAUUGGACAAAUGGAAACUGCCAAAGAAAAGUGGGCAAUGAUUGUUGGUAAUAUGGCACUGAUACAGGUACAAGCAGCGGUUGUAGGUUUCCUGGCUUCUAUUGCAGCAGUUAUUUUUGGCUGGAUCCCAGAUGGCCAUUUCCUUAUAGAACAUGCUGUGCUGUUAUGUACGAGCAGUGUCUCCACUGCCUUCAUUGCUUCUCUGGUCCUGGGUCUUGUUAUGAUUGGGGUAAUCCUUGGUGCUAAAAAACUUGGCAUUAAUCCUGACAAUGUGGCUACGCCUAUAGCUGCCAGCCUUGGAGACCUGGUUACUUUGGCAUUGCUUUCUGGUAUUAGUUGGGGCCUCUACAAAGAAAUGAAGAUCAAUAUGUUUGUCAACCUAAUUGUGUGCCUGCUGUUCAUAGCUCUGCUACCUGUGUGGUUUAUUAUUGCAAGGAAAAAUCCAGCAACAAGGCAGGUGCUGGCAACCGGAUGGGAACCUGUUAUCAUUGCGAUGGCCAUCAGCAGCAUUGGGGGAUUGAUUUUGGAUAAAACGGUGUCCGAUCCCAACUUUGCUGGAAUAGCUGUUUUCACUCCUGUCAUAAAUGGUGUUGGCGGGAACUUGGUUGCUGUGCAGGCCAGCCGUAUAUCCACAUAUCUUCACAUGAUGGGAUCACCAGGCGAUGACAUUGGUCUGGUCUCUCGUAAAUGUCCCAGUCCUUGUAGAACAUUCUUCACUUCUGAUGUGAACUCUCGUUCAGCCCGCGUGUUGUUCCUCCUAGUGGUGCCAGGCCAUUUGGUUUUCUUGUACACAAUCAACGCCAUGAAGGGUGGACACACAACCAUGACAAUAAUUUUCAUGGUCUUCUACAUGAUGGCAGCAUUACUUCAGGUUCUUGUUCUCCUGUACAUUGCAGACUGGAUGGUUCAUUGGAUGUGGAGCAGAGGGAUGGAUCCCGACAACUUUUCGAUUCCCUAUCUCACUGCCUUGGGGGAUCUCCUGGGCACUGGACUUCUUGCUCUUAGUUUCCAUGUACUUUGGCUAAUCGGAGACCGUGACACUGAUGUGUGAGACUGAAUGUCGACCUGCUUGAAGUACCUGGCGUGGGGACCAUUAUAUGGCCUGGAUGAUUUAACAGGACUAACUAGAAAAGUGCAAUUGUUUCCCUUAUAAACUUAGUACACAGCUACAUUUGUUACCGAUGUGCUAAAUUACUUUCAGUAAGGCCUGAUACCCCUGUAGGUGCAGCUGGACCUGCUUUAGAGCCCACUUGUCCUGCUGCUGCCCACUUCAGCAGUGUCAAUAUGCAUGUUUAAAACACUAGAUGUCUUCUUUUCACUUUUGGGGGCAGGAAUUCUCCACUUCGAGAAAUUAUAAAUAAUUAUAUUUUUUUGUAAAGGGGUAAUAGUCUGCCAAAUGAUUUAGGAUGUUUACACUUAAAAAAAAAAGGUUUUAUGAAGUUGAAUGUCACUGGAAAAUCUAUAAAACACCUCUUGGGGGGCUUGUAGUUUUCUGAAAAGAAGCUCCUUCCCAAAUAUAUGCUCCAACAUCCAAUGAAGAACAAUAAAUAUUGUGGAGGGAAUACUGAAUAGCAUAUAGAGAUCUGUGAAAAGCUUACUUAUACUGACAUUGACCUGGCAGAGUAAGCCCCAUAUGCAUGUCCGUAUUGUGGGCUUGGGUUGUAUGGCUCUUCAAAGGGGUUUUCCCAUCAUCAAACUUAUGGCCUGUUCACUGGAUAUGGCAUAAAUGUUUGAUGGGUGUGGCUCACGCCUUUAAACCUGCACCGAUCUUGAUUUGUGGCCCCAUCUUCAGCCGUUGUGAAUGGAGAGGUAGAGCAUGCUCUUUUCUUUCAGUUCUAUGGGCGUUCCAAAAAUAUUGGUGCACACUUAUCUUGCUGUUUUUGGAAUUUCCAUGGAAGUGAAAGCUGAGAGCCACAAGUGUCCAAACACUUUAG